UACAAUAAAGCGCAGUGAAAGACCGCACGAUGAGGCCAUGAUUUUCGUCCUUCACCACUAAAAAACACGGAAUUUGGAGAUAUCAGAACCCAUAUGUUGAGUUCAUGUUGGAUACAAUUAUGUGGAGGCAAAGGAUGCGGAGCUCUUUUGGUAUAUUUAUGGUCGUUUUUCUCUUGGAGUGCUACUGGGAGGCGGUAUCUGGACAGCUCUCUUAUUCUGUGUCAGAGGAGGUAAACACAGGAACAUCAGUGGGAAAUAUUGCUAAAGAUCUAAACAUUAAUAUCAAUGAAUUGGAGACCCGUGGUUUUCAGAUUGUUAGCGGAUCCAAAAGGAAAUAUUUCGAUGUGAAUCUGAAAACAGGAUUUCUGUACGUCAAUGAAAGACUCGACCGGGAAGAACUAUGUGCAAAGGCAACGAAAUGUACUGUGAAUGUAGAGGCUGUAAUCAACAAUCCACUAAAGCUUUACCGUUUGGAGAUAAAUGUAGUGGAUAUGAACGAUAAUGCCCCUUUUUUCUCUGAGAGUUUACAGUCUCUUAAUAUUGCUGAAAGUACAAUGCCAGGGGCAAAAUUCGGAUUUAUUGGAGCUUCUGAUCUUGAUGUCGGUAAAAAUGGUGUUAAUACAUACAAGUUAAGUCCAAACGAUCAUUUCUCUUUAGAGAAUCACAAAGUGGGUACCAGCGUGUCUGCUCAGCUUGUGCUUCAGAAAGCUUUAGACCGAGAAAAGCAGGCGACAAUAAAAUUAACAGUGACUGCAGUCGAUGGUGGAAAUCCACCUAAGUCAGGAACAUCUCAAAUUGUUAUUAAUGUUUUAGAUAACAACGACAAUGCACCGGCUUUCAGCAGUUCUUUAUACAAGACUCGUAUACCUGAGAACUUACCAGUAGGGACAACAGUUUUAGUUUUGAAUGCAACUGAUCCAGAUAUGGAUUUAAAUGCAGAAAUUGAAUAUUCGUUGAGAAGUAAAGGACAGGAUCAUGUAUUGGAUUUGUUUCAUAUAGAUCCUAAAACCGGUGCCAUUUUAGUCAGAGGUGAAAUUGAUUAUGAAGAAAAUCCUGCAUUUGAGAUUCAUGUACAGGCCAGUGAUAAAGGGCAGCCUCCGAUGUCAGCUGAUUGUAAAGUACUAGUAGAAGUGGUAGACAUAAAUGACAACGCCCCUGAGAUUACUUUCACGUCACUGUUAAACACAGUGAAGGAAGAUACAACAGUAGGUACUGCUAUUGCUCUCGUCUCUAUACUAGACAAAGACGGUGGGGAAAAUGGCAUAGUACAAGCCACAAUAGCAAAUGAAACUCCCUUUAAGUUAGAUACGAAUUAUAAAAACUAUUAUUCCCUUGUACUGAAUGGUCAGCUUGAUAGAGAAUCAUAUUCUCAAUACAACGUGACUAUCGUAGCAACUGAUGAAGGUAGUCCACCUCUGUCCAGUACCAACAUAGUCACUGUUCAUGUUUCAGAUGUCAAUGAUAAUCCACCUCGCUUUUCGGGAGAUAUAGUUAACAUUUAUGUAAAAGAGAACAGUCUUACAGGAACAGUAAUUAAAACAGUGACUGCAACUGAUGCUGAUAUUGAUCAAAACGGUCGGGUGAGUUACACAUUUUUACCAAGUAAUGUUGAUUCGCUGCCUUUAUCCACAAUGGUUAAUAUUAACUCAGAGACAGGAGAUAUAGUCAGUUUACAGUCUUUUAACUAUGAGGAGUUAAAAACGUUUCAGUUUAAGGUUCAGGCCACAGACUCUGGUGUUCCUCCGCUCAGUAGUAACGUAACUGUCAACGUUUUUAUCCUGGAUGAGAAUGACAACAGUCCCACAAUCCUGGCACCUUAUUCUGAACACGGUUCCGUUAACAGUGAGAACAUUCCCUAUUCUGCUGAAGCGGGAUACUUUGUGGCAAAGAUCAGGGCCGUAGACGCAGACUCUGGGUACAAUGCACUGCUUUCUUAUCACCUCUCGGAACCCAAAGGAAACAGCCUGUUCCGGAUCGGAACCAGCACUGGAGAAAUCAGGACUAAGAGGAGGAUGAGUGACAAUGAUCUGAAAACUCACCCCUUGGUGGUGUUGGUUUCUGAUAACGGAGAACCCUCCCUGUCAGCUACUGUGUCUAUUGAUGUAGUGGUGGUUGAAAACACAGCUGACAUCCAGACUCAGUUCAGACAUGUACCCAUAAAGGAGGAGAGCUUCUCUGAUUUAAACCUGUAUCUGCUGAUCGCCAUUGUGUCAGUGUCCGUGAUCUUUCUGCUGAGCCUCAUCACUUUAAUAGCGGUCAAAUGUCACAGGACAGACGGCAGUUUCAGCAGGUACAGCGCCCCCAUGAUCACCACCCACCCUGACGGGAGCUGGUCUUACUCGAAAUCUACUCAGCAGUAUGACGUGUGUUUCAGCUCAGACACACUGAAAAGUGACGUAGUGGUUUUCCCCGCCCCGUUUCCAUCUGUAGAUGCUGAACUGAUCAGUAUCAAUGGAGGAGACACUUUUACAAGAACUCAGACUUUACCCACUAAAGAAAAGGUAAGACAACUCUAA